GUUGGUCUCGCGAUGCCCGUCCCGCUCGUCGCGCAUUUUCGCGAGCGUCCGAGCGGCGAGAACCAGAUCACCUCCAUCGACUCGGACUACGGCACUCUGCUCGACGAGGAGGCGCGGCAGGAGGUCAUCAACCAGCUCCGCGUGCCGUCGGGCGACCUGCGGCGGCCGAUGCUCGGCGAGCUGCGCAGCUCGGGCGGCUCAGACCAGCCUCCGAUGGCGCGCGCGUGGAAGCUAUCUGCGCUCGACCUCAACCUCCCGCUCGCCGUCACGACGGCGAGCCCCGAGUCACUCGAGGCGAAGAACCUGUCGGGCUACCAGAACCUGCAGAAGAUCCGCGACGAGGCGGCGCAGUUCCGGCGCGGCUACUCGGACUGGCGGCGCGGCGCCGCGCGCGGCGCCCGCGGCGAGGCGAGCUUCACCGCCGUCCAUGGGUUGGCCGACGCGCAGGCUGGCUCCGGGCUGCAGGGGCUGUCUGCGCUCGAGGUGCAGCAGCAGGCGCCCUCGCAGCAUUCUGCGCCCUCGCCUGUCUCCUCGCGCAGCCGAUCGCGCCAGUCCUCCCGCGACCUCGUCGGUCCCGCGAUAGCAGAGGACGGCACCCUGCUCGAGGUGGAGAUGGGAGUGGGCACGCCGACCACCAACCUCUCCGACACUCUCUCCGCCGCCGGCGACGCGGCAGACGAGGCGGCCCCCGGGGACAAGCUCGGGGACGAGGCGACUCCACACGCGGCACUCGGGGACGAGGCGUCCGGCGAUUGGCUCCGCUUUGCCUUCAACCCCUUCUCCGAGCCCGCGGCGCCAAAGCGGCAGGCUCUCCCCCUCUGUGCCGCCAACCUCGCCGCCAUCGGCGCGGCAGGCAGCGCGGCAAGCUUGCCCGCGCAAGGCUCUCGCGAGGCGACGGCGCACAUCGCUCACAUCGGAGUCGGAGGCUUCCACCGCUCGCACCUGGCGUACGUGACGGACGUGCUGCUGACGAAGCAGCACGCGGGAGAGGUGAAGGCGGCGGAGCGGUGGGGCAUCAUCGGCGUCGGCUUGAUGCCGUGGGACAAAAAGAUGGCGGAGGUGCUCACCAAGCAAGACGGGCUGUACUCGCUCCUGCUGCGAGGCAACGCGGCCGCCUCUGCGCGCGUCAUCGGCUCGAUCCUCGAGUUCGUCUUCGUGCCCGCCGACCCCGAGGCUGCGCUGGCGCGGCUCUGCAGCGCGAGCGUGCGGAUCGUGUCGCUCACCGUCACUGAGAAGGGCUACUACCGCUGCACGGACGGGUCUCUCGACCGCACGGCGCCGCUGGACAUUGACGAGUGGGGCGGGGCGCGUGGGCUCGCCCAGCCGCGCACCGCGUUCGGCCUCAUCUGCACCAUUUUGCAGCGGCGACGGAGCGCGGGCCUCGGCCCUCUCACGGUCCUGUCGUGCGACAACAUGCCCAUGAACGGCUCCGUCUGCCGCGCCGUGACGCUCGACUUCGCGUCUGCCGUCGACCCCGACCUCGCCGCGUGGAUGGAGCGGGACGUCGCCUUUCCAAACUCGAUGGUCGACCGCAUCACUCCCGCCACGGAGAACGAGCACCGCGAGCUGCUCCGCUCCGAGUAUGGCAUCGUCGACGAGUGGCCUGUGAUCGCGGAGCCCUUCCUGCAGUGGGUCAUCGAGGACUCCUUCUCGGCGGGGAGGCCGAGCUGGGAGCUGGCGAUGCCGAAUGACGUGAUGCUGACGGCCGACGUGGAGCCGUACGAGCUGAUGAAGCUCCGCCUGCUCAACUCGUCGCACUCGGCGCUCUCGUGCGCCGCGGCGCUCUCGUACGCCGCGAUGUUGUGCGACCACGCGCUCGCCGACCCGGACGUGUUUGCCUUUCUGCGCGCGUACAUGCUCGAGGUUGUCAAGACGCUCGGGUCGGUGCAUGGCGUCGAUUUGGCCGAGUACCAGCGCUCGUUGCUCGAGCGCUUCUCGAACGCGUACAUCAAGGACAAGCUCGCGUAA